CCGAACUUGGAAGGAAAAAAAAAAACGUAACAAAAAAAGAAGAAAUCCCACUUUGGAACUCAAGUGAAGCUAAAGCUGUGACUUGUCUUGUGUUCGAUUGCUGGUAGAGUGGUUGCGAAAUCGAAAUCUCCUUUCAGAAUCUCAACAACAGUGAGUCGUGACUCGCGAUCCUCACUCGCAAUGCACGCUCCCGAUGACGUUCGCAAUCUCCCCAUCGACAUCACCUUCUCUCGUCUCGGAGAAUGGUUGGUCGAUCGCAAGAGAGUGCCCGGGGAUUGGCGGAAGCGCGUGGUGGCGAUCAAGGCUCGAAUUUCCAAGGAAUUCUCGUCUCUCCCCAAGGAUUCUGAUCCCUUUUUCCAAACCCUAGACCCUGAAGGGAUUGGUUAUGUGGAGGCCAAGGAGAUAUAUGAUAUUCUCUUGAAGUCUACUCCAGAAAGCAGGAACAUAUUUGGUCGCUUGUCCGGUGCUGCGGGUGCAUGGGAAGCAAUUGUGCGGUCUUAUGAGAAGGAUCAUGUUUUCCUUGGCGAGGCUGCGCAGAUUAUGAUUCAAAAUGUGAACUAUGAAAUACCUUACCAGAAGAAGCAGGUGCAGAAGAUUCAACAGCAGUUGUUGGAAUUAGAUCGCAAGGAGGCUGAUAUAAAAAGAAGUGCUGCACUCUCAGCGGCCAAGUAUGCUGAAGCUUGUCAGGAGCUUGGCUUACAGGGGAAAAAUGUUAGACUGGAACUUUUGGAGACUGCAAAAUCACUUCCAAGCACAUUUAGCAGUAUUUUGGAGGUUGUGAAUAGUGACAACAUGUCACAGGCGAUUGAAUAUUAUUCCAAUUUUGUCAGAGACGCUCACACCGAAAAGGAUAGGUCUUCCGGAGCUGUACUACAAAACCUGAGGAAUAUGUGUGAAAAUCCCCCAUCUUUGAAUGUUGCUAUUGGUUCUGAGAUGAUUAAUGAUGUUAGUGUUCACUCAAACAAUGAUGAAUUAAAUCCUGCAAUAAGCUAUGUCGAAACUGCUGCUCCUGAUAUUGACUGGGAUAUUUCAGUGGAGGGUUCACAAAUUGAUUGGGACAUUGGAACUGUGGAAGAAAUAGAGGAUACUGGUAAUGGCUUGGGUCCUUAUGAAAUCAUUAAUGCCUCUGAUGCCAUACAGGCUUCUUCACCACCCAAGGAUGUCGAAUCUGAUCCAACAAUAUCAAACCAAGAACUCGGCUCGCAUGCAGAUAUAUCUUGGGAUAUUAGUGUUGAGACUCCUCAAGUUGAUGUUAUUGAUGAUGUUUGCUCGUCAAAUGUAGAGCUGGGCAAUCAGACUUCUCUUCCGGAUGCCUUAUCUCAGUUGACAGAAAACAAGGAAAAAAGGAGCCAGCUUUUAGAUACAGAGUACAGAAAUAAGAUUCUUGAUGACCUAUAUGAGUUGAGAUCCUUUUUAAAUCAACGGUUGGCUGAGUUGAAGAAUGAGGAAACUUUGUCGCUUCAAAAUCAAGUUCAGGCAGUUUCUCCUUUUGUACUACAGCAGUAUGCUGCUGAUGCUAUAGAAACAAUGCAAAAUGAUGUUUCCUUGGCAAUUUCAUUGCUUACAAAUAGAACGACAAGGGAUCUGAUUAUGAUUCUCAACUCCAAAAGAUUUCUGGACAGACUUGUCAAUUCAUUGGAGGAAAAGAAGCAUCAUGAAGUCAAGUUGAAAGAGGGGUUGAAGGACUUGGCUACGAAACGAAUGGAACUGCACAAUUCUCUAUCUUCAUCAUGGCCAAAACAAGAUGCAGCUCUGGCAAAAACAAAGAAGCUGAAAAAAUUGUGUGAGGAUACACUUUCAUCCAUGUUUGAUGGAAGGCCAGUUAAUAUAAUUGGAGAGAUCAACGCACUUUUGACUAGUGGUCUUGGAGCUUGAAUAAGAGAAGCUUCUUCUAAUAUAUUUUAGGCCUAUAGGUGGACAAUGAAUCCUAAGAAAAAAGGGAGUUUUAUGGGACAUGGCCAUAUCUUUCAUUUUUUUUUCUUACUUUUUACGUUACUUGGUCAUUGUUUUUGUAAGAUGAAACUUUUAAAACGCAAAGGAUCCAUGAUGAUAAUCUUAGCGACAUUUUAUGAAUGGAGUAGCUUUUGGACUCA